UCAGCCCCGCCUCUGUGCUCGUUGCGGCCUUGACGGCGUAGUAUACUAAGCAGGUGGUGUGGCUCGGUCCGUUCUUUUCAGGACAGCUGGAUAUCCUUCAAAAUUAUCUUAGGUGCUUGACCUCGCUUGACCGUCGCAGUGCAGACGGCUUUCCGUCAACCUGGAUUUUCAGAUUCUCCAAGAGUAAGUGGCGUCACCAGGAGAUCUGCUGUCUGCCUCCUAGCAACAGCGCGCCCGUUCUCCGCCCAACGUUGGAAGACUACCCGGAGCACUGAAUGGUGGACAGUCAGGAUUCGUCUUCAACUGCACUUGACAGCCGUGACCUUCAAUUUCAGAAUAGCUUCAAAAGAUGGACGGCCACACACCUCCUCAGACUACUGGUGACCGUCGCGAGAAUAUUUUCGAUAUUGGAUCCAUUCUGCAGCGACACAUAGAAUCUUUGCAUGCUGAAUUGCAGCAGCUCGUUACAGGAGAAAGCCGAAGGGUACCAAGCUCGCUUCCUGAACCUUACCAGUGGAACCAGUAUUUGUUGGACCAAGAUCCAGCCGAGUGGGGCAGGGACGAAGCGGACGGGCACGAAGGUGGAUCUAAGCCGAGCGCGCACGCGUUUCCCCCUCGAGCGUUUCUAGAUGAAACGUCGCCGUCUACUCCUCCCGACAGCAUGUACUCCUCCCCUCCGGAUUUUCUAAGGGUGCGCGGUCCGCAGACGUCGACCCCAGUGUCGGCCAAGCCUUCGCCGCUCGAGGAUCCGUUAAGAGACCAACGCAAGGUCUUGCCCAUAGAGUACAUGGGUCCCCACUACUUUCCAUCUUUGAAACCCGACACGGUGGCCAACGCCGACGUUUCUCAAAUGGAGGGGGCAGCACCCUGCAGCACGUACGGGGUAUUCCCUCCUGAAUCGGCGUCUUCUCCGCGACGGGAAGGAGAUGUCGAAGAGUUCAAGGCAGAGUAUGAACGUGUGAAGAGUAGACUGGAGAACAGACGACGGGUCGAGCGAGAGGCCCUGGCUCGUCUGACAAGUUCGGAGUCCUCGAGUCAUCCGGGCAAGGCCUCCGCUGAGAAGCUCCGGUCGUCCCUCAACAACCUCUCGCUGAUCAUCGACGAAAUGGCGGACCUGAUGAACAUAGAUGUUGCCGAGGCGAGCGCCAGCGAAGUGCAGGAAAGGGCCGAGGCCCUCUGGGGGAGGGAGGUGGCGGCGCAGCUCUCCGAGGAGUACAGCCGUGACAUCGAGGCCUCGAAGUCGGAGAAGUCGCAGCGCACUGCGGGUGACGAAUCGAGGACGUCUUCUCGCAUCGACAGAGACGAGUCGAAGAGACGGAAAAAUUACUUGUAUCCGAAGGCAGCGAGGGAGCCCCCGAUUCGGAAGAGUAGUUUUCCCCUGUUAGGGCCUCGUGAUAUUGGUUACGACAGGGGAGGUCCCAGACACGCGAAAGGAAAAGCGAAAAAGGAUCGAAAAGGAGACUCGGUGAAGAGAAUGUCGCCGUCGAGCAGCACCAGGACGAGGACUUCUCCCGUGUCACGUAGCAGCACCUCACCUGUGCCGCCGGCUAAAGCCGCCGAAGAGCCGCCGAAAGACGCUAAGGUGCUGUUCCAGUCCGGGCUUCUCCAGUUUGACAGCGAGAAAAGACCCGACGACGAAGAGAAACAGACCGUCUCCGACAUCCCCGCGCCGAGUAGCGUUGCGUCUCCGCGGUGGAAGGUCAACUCCGAGCUGCAGGAAGGCAUGACGCAGCAGCGCAUGUGGAGGUUCGAGGACAGCACAAACGAAGACGCUCUCGAUAAGAUGAAGCAGCGCAGGGCGGAAAUUUGCAGGACGACGAUUGGCUCCUUACCGCCACUGCAGAAGGUUGCUAGUGUAAAAUUGAUUGGUGGUCCAAAGAAGAAACCGAGAAAGAUGUGCACGUUGAAGAUAAUAGGCAUCGUGACUCCAGUGAAGGAAUCGACGGCGCUGAGUGAAACCGACCUGCCGGCUCAGGAUGAUGACGUGGCACCGAACCAGGACACCGGUGCGAAGUCAGAGCCGCGCUGGGAAGCUGGGUUCCUUUGACUUGUCACCUGCCUCGAGCAUUCUGGUCCAACCCCCGUAAUGCGGUGAUGAAGCCGUCCAUAAAAAUUCCUAUGCUGAAGGCAGGUGUGCGCAUUCAAUGUCUUCACUUCAACAAAUGGGCCGCAGCAGCAUUUCACCUGGUGAACAGCUCAAACAGGGGGUCUUGAUGUGCCUUACAAUUUGUGAAACAAACAGGGUACUUUAUAUGUGCAUAAAAUAUUCUUGAACUA